CAGCCCACCGGCCACACUGCGCCUGGAAUUACAGAAGGACACUGAGGUCACUGCGUCUUGGGGACGCCCGCAUCAUCCCAACGGAAUCCUCAGGGGCUACCUGCUACAGUACCAGCAGAUUAACGGGACUGAGAGUGGCCCACUCCGGGAGGUGAACAUCUCGUUGCCCUCGCCCACCUCCCUCACCGUGACCGGGCUGCUGCCCUACGCCGUCUACAGGUUCCAGGUGAUGGGCCGAACGGCCGCAGGGCACGGCAGAGCCGCCACCAGGGAGAUCUUCACCAGCCGAGAGGGAGAGCCCCGAGUGGUAAAGAACAUUACUUAUACCGUGGGGGACACACACACUAACUUGACCUGGAUAGGGCUGCAGGGACACAGGGUGACAGAGUUACAUGUCCAGUACACCACCAAGGACGGGCCUGUUGAGUGGAGGGACUCGAAGCCGGUGAAUUCCAGCCAGAAUUUCUUCAUGUUGGACGGUCUCCAGCCGGGAACACCCUACCGCCUCAAACUCUGGCAGCUUGGUCGCUUCAAAAACCUGACUGUCUGGGAGAGAGACAUCGAGACCAUUGGGCCAGCUUUCAGUGAGAUCAGUAAUGGAAUUGUGACUCAGGGCUGGUUUAUUGGGCUGAUCAGUGCCGUCAUCCUCCUCAUCCUCAUCCUGCUCAUCGUCUGCUUCAUCAAGAGGAACAAGGGCGGCAAGUACUCCGUGAAGGAUAAGGAGGAUGCACAUGUCGAUUCGGAGGCUAGACCAAUGAAAGACGAGACCUUCGGAGAGUACAGUGACAAUGACCCCGAGGAGAAGCCUUUCGAAGGGAGCCAGCCGUCGCUGGACGAGCAGAUCAAGCCCCUGGGCAGCGACGACAGCCUGGUGGAGUACGGGGGCAGCGUCGACAUGCGCUUCAACGAGGACGGCUCGUUCAUCGGCCAGUACAGCGGCAAGAGGGAGGACCGCGAGGGGCCUGGGCCGGACGGCAGCUCGGGCAACUCCCCCGUCAACGUGGACAUAACCCUGGAUUAGCCGCGGGGUGGGUGGGGGGUGGAACGCUGAGGCGCGGUACCCCGGGGCCCUAGCCUCGCUUGGCACCCCCUGUCUGGCGCGGCGUUGCCAAAUUCCCCCCCUUUUGUACUUCGACCCCUCCUCGACCCAUCACCCCCCCCCCCCCCCCCAAACCUUUCCCCCCCACCCCUCACCCCGUCCCCGGGACGCUCGCUUUCACAGGCCCUCCCACGUGACUCCUUCCCCCAGCCCACGUUACGUCGGGUUCGGGGAGAGGGAGGGCAGGCGGGGGGUUGGGAACCGCGGGGAAAUUCCCCUCCCCCCCUCCCCCACAUGGUGGUGGGGGUGGACAGAACGGACACCGGCCAGUUCCACCCGCCCGGGGGGGGAAGAGUGUGGGGGAACAGCACCGAUCCACACACACACCCCCCCACUCCCUGAUUAGCUCAGCCCACCGCCGUCCCACUAACCCGGGCACAGUCGGAACUGGGGGACGGUGUAGAGGGAGCUUUCCUCUGUAUCUAACCCCCUGUCCGUGGGAGUGGGGGGACAGUGUAGAGGGAGCUUUACUCUGUAUCUAACCCCCUGUCCCUGGGAGUGGGGGACAGUGUAGAGGGAGCUUUACUCUGUAUCUAACCCCCUGUCCCUGGGAGUGAGGGGACGGUGUAGAGGGAGCUUCACUCUAUAUCUAACCCCCUGUCCCUGGGAGUGGGGGACAGUGUAGAGGGAGCUUCACCCUGUAUCUAACCCCCUGUCCCUGGGAGUGGGGGACAGUGUAGAGGGAGCUUUACCCUGUAUCUAACCCCCUGUCCCUGGGAGUCAGGGACGGUGUAGAGGGAGCUUUACUCUGUAUCUAACCCCCUGUCCCUGGGAGUGGGGGGACGGUGUAGAGGGAGCGUUACCCUGUAUCUAACCCCCUGUCCCUGGGGGGGGGGGGGUUCAGGGGAGCAGUGCCCUCCCUUCACAUGAGCCCCA